AUGAUUUCUCAAGCUCAUCGGUCGACGAACGGCCCGCAGAAGGAUGAGCUGAUCCAUCAAGAUGAGGCAGGGCAUCGAACUUCUCACAAAACCGUGCCCAAAGUCGUGGAAUCUCAUCUGGGUGAUUAUGACAUUUUACCAGCCAGAGAGAACACCCUUGACAGCGUGGGGGAGCCUCACACAUACUCGACUUUGAGAUGGUGGUACAUGGAAAUAGGAUGUUGUUUUCUCGCCGUUGCAAGUCUCGUCGCUCAGGCAAUCGUCCUGUGGCAGUACGAUGGCAAGCCGCAAGAUGCAUGGCCAAGCACGAUCCUGACCCUCAACGGUCUGAUCGCGAUUCUGUCUACCGUCUGCCGCGCGACCUUCAUGAUUGCUGUGGGUGCCAUUCUCAGCCAGGCGAAAUGGAAUCAUUUCUCUGGAAAGAAGGGUGGAUACCAUAGACUGGAUGACUUUACGUUGAUCGACGACGCCUCGAGAGGUUCAUGGGGUAGCUUGCAGUUGAUGUGGAGGUUCAAGGGAGCGCACAUUGCUUGCGUUGGAGCUGUGUUGACCAUGUUGUCCCUUGCUUUGGGCUUCUUCUCCCAGCAACUGAUCACUUUGAGGAUAGACCAGGUUAUGAGCAACACGCAAGGCCAAGCAGGUACCGUUGCCAGAAGUCAAUGGGCAAGCACGGUGUCGGGAUACUCAAACUCUUGGGACCCCCUAUCACCCACGAAACUUGCCAUGUACACCGGAUUCAUGUCUACGGAAGUCAACUUGCCGCAAGUGACCUGCCCCACUGGUAACUGCACUUGGCCCAUCGUUCCGACCGUCGGUGUCUGCGGCUCCUGUGUCGACCUAACAUCGGAGAUCAAAAUGAACCGAAGCUCUUCUGCGAGUUGCGUUGUGACUGCGCCUGACGGUGCGCGUCUUAGUGGUUACUGCGGCACAGGAUCCGACUGGAUGCCCGUGUUCAACAUCAGCACUGGCUCGAACCGCACCUUCGAAUCCACAGAUCCUCGAAUGAUCAAGGCGGACGCGCCCAAUCUGAUUGCGCAGUUCAGCGGUCUCGGUAUUCCUGGCGGGAUGCCGGCGACGACCCCACUUGAUGACUCCCGCGCGGCUGAGUGUGCUCUAUGGUAUUGCCUCCAGGCGAGGAAUAUCAGCGUAGGAUCCGGACAGCUGAAGGACGAGAUUGUCGAUACCUGGAGUGAGGUGGAUGAAGGCUCGACUUCCACCGGGAGAAAUGUCACAUUCGUGAACAUCCCGGCCAACUUCAAUACCGAGGCAGGCAAGAGCUACGGAAUGGGUCCAUUUCAGAUGUACGCCAUGAAAGCAUACGCAAAGACAAACAUUAUAGGAAACGUCAGCGCCGAUGGGACUUUGGGGAUUGUCUUCACCUCGGCGUCUCCCUUUGCGGACGGAAUGCACGCCAGUUUCGGGGACGUCGGCAGCUGGAUGGAGAGACUUACAAGAAGCUUGACCAACGACGUACGCCUGAACAGUAACGACACUACAGGCAACGACGCUUUCAGAGGUACCGUGAUGGCUACCCAGGUUGUCAUUGUAGUGCGCUGGGCUUGGAUCGUAUACUCUGUCGCCCUGGUCGCUGUGUCGGUGAUUUAUCUCGUAGUUGAGGUUCUGCGAACGAAAAGGAAAGGGCUGCUGCCAUGGAAGUCCGACGUACUUUUGCCAGUAUGCAUGAACAUGGACGAUGAAAUCAGAGAGAAAGCUGCUGGCGGCAUAGUUGAGCCUGGCGGCCUCAAGAGACUGGUCGGAGAUGUUCCGGUUCAGCUCAAGGCUGACAGGACAGGCGUCAUCCGGUUCGCGCAAGAGGUCAAGACCGAUGGAACCCAUUCGCCCUGA